AUGAUGAACGGCAAAGGGCUGAGCCCGGCGCCUGUGAUUUCUGCUGAUCACAAGAGGGAUGCUUAUGGGUUUGCAGUAAGACCUCAACACUUGCAAAGAUACCGGGAAUAUGCAAGUAUAUACAAGGAAGAAGAGGAGGAGAGGUCGAAUAGGUGGAAGAACUUUCUAGAAAGACACCCUGAAUCUGGUGCUGUGAGUGAGCUAUCUGACGACAAUAAUGUUGUAAAGUCAAAUGUUAAACCAUCUAAUGCAACAAGCGGCGAUAGUUCGAGUGAAGAUUGUAAAGAGAUGCAAUCUAAAGUUCAUCACAUGCAGAUAUGGAUGGAGGUCAGGUCAUCUCUACGGGCUGUAGAGGAUAUGAUGAGUUCUCGUGUGAAGAAAAAAGUUGCCUUAUCAAAGAAUGAGACUCGGUCUGAACCGGGACUGAGAAAUGAACUUCCUUCUAUUGAAGAAGCCCCGCCCGGAAAAGGGGCAUCAGAAGAAGAUUCCGAUGAAGAGUUCUUUGAUUUAGAGAGAUCAGAAUCGGAUCCAGUUCAAGAGAUCCUCUCGACAGACGGUAUUUUUCCCGUUUUGGACACACAUUCAGAAGCUAAUAUUCUUCCUUGGACGCAAGAACUGGAAUGUCUUGUUCAAGGUGGGGUUCCAAUGGAACUGAGGGGAGAGCUAUGGCAAGCCUUUGUUGGUGUUAGAGCACGCAGAGUGGAGAAUUACUAUCAGAAUUUGCUUUCUCCGGAUAAUAAUGUAGAAAAGAAAAAUACAGAGUCAGGGGAUAAAAAUCACGAACCGAAUGUGGAGUCUGUCAGGAUACCUGAAAAAUGGAAAACCCAGAUUGAGAAGGAUUUGCCUCGAACUUUUCCCGGUCAUCCUGCUUUAGAUGAGGAUGGUAGGAAUGCUUUAAGACGGUUACUGACUGCAUAUGCUCGGCAUAAUCCGUCUGUUGGAUAUUGCCAGGCAAUGAACUUCUUUGCAGGCUUGUUAUUGCUACUGAUGCCAGAGGAAAAUGCAUUUUGGACUCUAAUAGGCAUUCUAGAUGACUAUUUUGAUGGAUAUUAUACCGAAGAAAUGAUAGAAUCUCAGGUUGAUCAGCUUGUUCUUGAGGAGUUGGUUCGCGAAAGAUUCCCAAAACUGGUCAAUCAUCUUGAUUACCUAGGAGUGCAGGUAGCAUGGGUGACUGGGCCAUGGCUUCUCACAAUUUUUGUGAAUAUGCUUCCAUGGGAAAGCGUUCUUAGAGUCUGGGAUGUGCUUCUCUUCGAAGGGAAUCGAGUAAUGCUUUUCCGGACAGCACUUGCUUUAAUGGAACUAUAUGGGCCCGCAUUAGUUACGACUAAAGAUGCUGGAGAUGCAGUCACGCUGCUUCAAUCCUUAGCUGGCUCGACUUUCGAUAGUAGUCAACUUGUCUUGACGGCUUGUAUGGCUUUCCAGAAUGUUCAAGAAAAUCUAUUAAGAGAACUAAGAGAUAAACACCGACCAGCUGUCAUGGAUUCAUUGAAGGAAAGAGCAAAAGGAGUGACGAAGGAUUCACAAGGCCUGGCUUCUAAAUUGUAUAGUUUUAGUAAGGACUCAGGUUCGGUUAUGAUGGGGAGUGAUAAAUCGAGCAUAGUUAGCAUGCCUUUGAAUGGUAAUGUGGAGAUCGAUUCUGCUAAAGAUCUUGAAGAGCAGGUAGUUUGGCUUAAGGUCGAGCUAUGCAAGCUCCUUGAGGAGAAAAGAUCUGCUGAGAUUAGGGCAGAAGAGCUUGAAACAGCACUAAUGGAGAUGGUUAAACAGGAUAAUCGACGACAACUGCAUGCAAGGGUCGAGCAAUUAGAGCAACAGGUGAGUGAGCUUAAACAAGCCCUUGCCGAUAAGCAGGAGCAGGAGAGUGCCAUGCUUCAGAUUUUAAUGAGGGUCGAACAAGAACAGAAAGUGACAGAGGAUGCUCGCAUAUUUGCCGAGCAAGAUGCUGCUUCCCAGAGAUAUGCUGCUCAAGUGCUUCAGGAAAAGUAUGAAGAAUUAAGUGCAGCUCUGGGUGAGAUGGAAAAGAGGGCAUUAAUGGCCGAGUCCAUGCUGGAAGCCACCUUGCAGUACCAGUCGGCUCAGCCUUCUCCUCGAUCCAUUCAACAAAGUAAUCAAGAACCUUCACAAGAAACCCAGAUAAGAAAGAUCAGUUUACUCUCGAGACCAUUCGGAUUAGGGUGGCGUGACAGGAACAAGGUGAACAGUGAAAAUUUAAGCUUGAAGCUAGAAGAGGCAAAUGGCAAUGGGCUAGAGGAGAAGUUAUAG